CUUUUUGCUUUUCCAAGCAUCCAUGCAUAUCCAUGGCAAACUAAUUUACCACCUCAUUUUAUAUUUUCAGUCUGUUGAUAGAAAAAAUGUUCUUGUUGAACAGAUACAUUAGGUCUUCUGUUUCAAAAAUUAAGUGUAGGAGAUAUCAACAAACCCAAGCAAAAGUGCAAUACCCAAAUAACUUACCUAAUGGACCAGUAUUCAGAAAUGCCCAAUUUUUUUCUGAAAGAAUAGCUCUCAGAGAUAGAAUUGCAGGAUAUACUUAUGCCAACAUUUUUGUGAGUGCCAAUGAACUUUCCAAAGAAAUCACAAAAUUGGUUCAGGGGCAUACAGGCGAGAGAGUGAUGUUUAUGUGCCCCAAUGAUGUAAAUUAUGUUAUAACUUUGUGGGCCAUCUGGAUGUCAGGACAAAUAGCUGUACCUCUAAGCCCUCUCCACCCGAAAAACAUCCUCCUUUACUAUGCCAACGACACCAACUCCAAGCUGAUUGUGACCACUCCCGAGUAUGCUGACCUUAUACAGAGGGUGUCCAGAAACACCCACAGUCGCAUGCACGUGCUCGACGACAAGAUGCAACUGAACUGUGCUCAAAAAGCGCCGGUGAGCCAAAGUGACCUAGACGGCGGCUUACCUCUGGAAUUUUAUGAUAACAGCAAAGCUCUGAUUCUGUAUACUAGUGGAACCACUGGAAAUCCUAAAGGCGUCGUCCUCUCCCACAAGAACCUCCAAUGUCAGAUAACCACCCUGGUCGACGCGUGGAAGUGGACCCAGAACGACGUCAUCCUGCACACGCUGCCCCUCCACCACGUGCACGGCAUCGUCAACGCGCUGCUCUGUCCGCUCUACGUCGGCGCGAAAACCAUCAUGCUGAACAAGUUCAACGCCAACUCGGUGUGGACGUACCUGCUCGGCAUCAACGCCAAGCCGGACGACAGGAGGAUAUCCGUGUACAUGGCCGUGCCGACCAUUUACAGCUUGCUGAUCGAAGAGUUCGAGCGCGUCUUCAAGGACGACGCCAAGAUGGUGGAGUACAUCAAGAACACGCUCAAAAACAAGGUUAGGUUGAUGGUGAGCGGUUCGGCGCCGCUGCCUGUGCCCGUGUACGAGCGAUGGAUGGAGAUAUCCGGUCACAAACUACUAGAAAGAUAUGGAAUGACCGAGUCGGGCAUGGUGUUGUCAAACGAAUAUAAUUCGGAUCGCGAGCCUGGUUUCGUAGGGGUACCAUUGCCUGGAGUUUCAGUGAGACUAGUGGAAAGUGAUGAAGAGAGCGGAGAACUCAGAACUAUCCUGGAAUGCACCAACAAUAGUGGCAGUUUGGAUUUUGCACAGAAAGUUUACAAAAGCGAAAAUCACAAAGGUGAAUUAUUGGUGAAAGGAGAUGGCAUCUUCAAGGAAUACUUCAAUCGGCCCGAAGCCACACGCAAAGAGUUCACUAGUGAUGGCUGGUUCAAGACAGGCGAUUUAUGCGAGUACGCAGCAGACAAGAAAAAAUUCAAAAUUCUGGGUAGAAAAAGUGUGGACAUCAUCAAAUCGGGUGGCUACAAACUGAGCGCGUUGGAAAUCGAGGUGCAACUUCUGGCACACCCCGACAUCAAAGAAUGCGUUGUAGUCGGAGUCGAUGAUGAUAAAUGGGGGCAAAGAGUGGUGGCUUUCGUAGUGCUCCGAGGAGAAAAAGAAAUGGCCUUGGAGGAUUUGAGAAGCUGGGCAGAUGAAAAGAUGCCCAAGUAUUGGGUGCCCUCUGUACUGAGAGUUGUGGAGUCUAUACCAAAAAAUGCGAUGGGAAAGGUCAACAAGAAGGAAUUGGCCAAGGUAUUCAUUUAAAAUGUUGACGCGCUUCAUUUUGCACACAUUUGUUUUGUUUUCCAAAUUCUGAAUAUGAUCACCAUAAGCUAUUUUUGUAUGAACUUGCAAUAAUCAGACAUUAUCUUCUCAAAAUUUUCUUAUCUAUACAGGGCUUGAAGGAUCGUGGAAAGGUUAUUGUUGACAUGGUUGAGAUAUUAAGACUGUUUGUAUAAUUAAAUUGAGUUUAUUAAGGU